AUGCUUACCGUCAAGCAGCCACCAACUUACGGCUACAAGUCAGUCCAUGAUCUCCCGACUCCGCCUUCAACUUCUCGACCUUCUCCCCCCUUGAUAUAUCGAGAAUCAGCAAACAAUUCACUGCCUGUCGCCUAUCGGGGACACAGUCCACCGUCACAGCCCAUGUCGGCUCCUCAUCGUGGCCUGCCUCCGCCGGCGGCCAUGACUCUUCCUCCCCAGCAGCCCCCAGCAGCUGGUGCUCCUCCAUCUGCACAUCUCCCACCCCAUCCGCCUCCUCCGCCUCCGCCACAGCCAUCCUUAGGCCCUCCUGGUCACCAGCAGAGAGAUUCAUGGGACCAACUACCUGCUCCACCUCAGCAAUGGCAGGGAGCAGAGGAAUCUAUGAGACAUUGGCUGCAGGCGAGGGCGGAAGAGGAUAAGAGAAAGCAGGAGGAAGAGCGAACGAGACAGGAAAGUUUGCGUCUGGAGCAGCGCAAAGUUGAAAUGGAUAUGCUGCGGACAUCGCUUCAGGCAGGUAUUCCUCCUCCUAUGGUUCCUUUGGUAUUUGCAGGCAUGGGUGGAGGAGGAGUCGCACCACAAGCUGCCUUGGAAUGGGCUCAGCAAUUUAUGCCUCCUGGUCAGGCUCCUCCUCGUGCCCAGAUUAUGCCCGCACAGUGGCCUGUGUCGCCUGAACACCAACGAGAAUCCCAAACACAGUCGCAUACCCACGCACAGCACCCGGGCAUUCCAUCCGCAUCGACACCAGCAGCCGGAUAUGUGUAUCCGCCAUCACCAUCAAGGCCUCGAGGCCAGACAGUGAGUGGUGCUAUAGGACGGCCCAUGGGCAUGUCGACAUUACCGAGCCUCAACACCAACGUACCACAGUCCGCACACGCUCCUCCUCCAAUGCACUCGCAUCAGCAUCCGCAUAUGCAGCAAGAACCCCAGUCAAGCCCUUCGAUAUACUUUCAUCACUGGCAGCCACCAACAUCGCAAGCCAGUGGAAGCUCGAACCGGCCCGGAAGUCCUUCUGAAAGCGCAAAGCAACAGGGCAUAAUGCUCCUUCCCCCACCCGCACGUUUCGUGGAUCACGACGUGGUCAUUCACGACAAAGAAGUGACAUGUCACCCUUCAGAGUCACCGGGCCAGGACGCUCUCGCAGGGAGAGUUUUGGCGGACCUCUACGCCGAAUGUCUCCGAUACGCAGCUCAACGCCUAUGCCCUCGCAAGAACGACCGGGUAGUGAGAAGAAGCAGUCAGUAUCGGCUAUGUUGUCAGAGGAGCCACCGCCCGGCACACGGUAUUCAGGGCCACCUCGCCCGAGCGAAGAGCGAGAAAAUCGCUACAGGCAGCCAUCUCCUGGAGAUUCAAAGCCACAUAGGAGCAUUGAGGAAACUUCAAAAUCGCGAGAUAAUUCAGGGGAGGGACAAGGCGCUUGAUGGUAGUGCACCCUAG